AUGAAUCAAGCGUACGCCGCUCGCAAAAUCUCCACGGAGUUCGCCGAGAGUGACUGGAUUGCACGAGCCAUGAGUUUCAUCAUGGUGGUGUCGUUUGUCGCGUGUCCCGUGUUGGUGAUUGUGGAGCAAGAUAUUGCGGCUGGGUACUUUGUUUCCGUGGCGCUGGUCUUUGUAGUUUGCAUGUCCGUCAUGGGGUUCAUCUUUGUCCCCAAAAUCAUGGCGGGCAAUCAAGCUGGCGCUUCCAAGGAAGCCAUCCAAAAGACACUGAAAUCCAUGCACGGAAACAGCGCCGAUGGCAGAUCGACAUUCCAAAUGACAACCGUCAGUCAGAUGAGUACAGACUCCGAGUACGAAGGUGCUCUCAUCCUGGACCAUCCCAAGAAAUACGAUGAGAUGCGAGAGGAACUGAAACAACUGCGACUGAUUCGCAAGCAAUGGGAGAAGGAAAACGGGAACCGGAGCGACCAAUUCCGGAACGAAGGCACCAGCACCAACCCCGAGAUUGCGCCGUUGACGGAACAAGCAGUGGGAGAACAAGCAUCCACUUCCCGGAGGGAAGAACAGAUGGCAGGUGAUGAUGAUUCAUGCCCAUCGAGCGCCUUUCAACCAGAGCCGGCCAACUUUGAAUGA